GUCUGGUUUGAUAGUGAAGCCAUGUUGUCUAAAUUCAUGAAAGAUUUCUUGUAAAUGUUCUUCCCUAGAUUUGUGAAAGAUGCAUAAAAGUAAUAACAGAAUCAAGACUGUUCAACAAUACAGUCUCGUCGGCAACAUUUAUGUAUGAAUGCAGUGAAGUUGUUGUUGAGAUUGAAUCUUGAAGACUGCCUCUUGACCGCAUUGCUUAACAAUAAAUGACGGACGUGUGGACUCUUUUAGGUCCAUAUAAGUUUGUGUGCAACUUUUGUGUGUGUAAUCUUUGUCUUUUCUUUGAUGUUAGCUACCUGCUCUGUAGGUUAACUUAACGAUCACAGCAAAAUAUUGACACCCUUUUUUUUUUUUUGCCAGGGCGACCCGUAGAUAAAAAUCAAUACUAAAUUUAAUGAGAUCUGUCAAAAAAUAAAACCACCUGUUCGUCUAUCCUUUGUCCACGUUUACAUGCCAUCUUGGAGUCUACGUCAAAAUUUCUUCCAUUCGGUUUUCUACAGCAGAUCUGAAAGAAAGAUUUCUUGACAGUAGACAUGAAUAUCUUCAAUGUUUGUUUUGUUUUUCUUUGUUUAAUGACGUCAACUAUAGGACUCUACAUGACAGAUGGAACAAAUUUAAACGACUGGCCUAAACCAAAACCAAAUCCAGACACAUGCAGAGAUUCUCCUGGCUUUCAACUAUAUCGCAACAAGAAUGUACAGAUGUGUUUGAAGUUUAAUGUCUUUGGAUCUCCUGUUGAAUUUAGAAAAGCUAAAAUAUAUUGUUCUAAUUAUCCAAAUGGGAAUCAAAUUCUAAAAAGAUAUUCUUGUGGAGUUUACGAGCCUAAAAACAGACUUUUGGUUUUGGAUGACUGUUAUGAGCCUGGAACUUUACAACAAUCUUGUGCUUUCGGUGCUGUCUAUCUGAAAGAAACAGUUAUUGACAGUAGACUUGAACAUCUUCAAUUUUUGCUUUGUUUGUCUUUGUUUGAUGGCGUCAUCUAUAGGACUCUACAUCACAGCUAUAGUAUUGGAGAGGCAGCAGUUUCCCCUUUAUCCAGCAAGGAGCGAAGUAAACUUUCCCAGCGUGGUCCGGUACGGAGCCUUGGCGCCAAUCUUCUGUUAUAUGUUCUGAGCUUGAGAACUCAUUUUUAUCUCAUAGUAAGAAGAGCUUAAUUAAAAGAAUGUUUAAAUAAAAAAAUGGAUGAGACAGGU